UAAAGGAGGCAACUUUGAAGAUCUCGGUGCCGUUGCUUAGCCUGGCGUUUUCUCUUGCAGAACUCUCUGCGCAUACGGUGCUUUAUGCUGUCGACUUAUCGAACUGCUGGUGGACAUGCAUUCAAGAGCCAUUUUUUAAAUCCACCUUUAAAGAAACUUACUAAUUAACUUUAGGAGCUUUUUGGUCCGAAAAAAUAUAUCCCAAUACAAGUCGCUUGCACUUGUUCUUUGCUGGUCUGUUCAUUGCUUUUUAGUUACAUAAACGUGGAAAGAACAGCCAGGGGAAUGUUUUGAAUUUGGCGUCAUUGUUUUCUUACUUUGGGGAAGUUUCUCUGAAACUGACCAAGACUCAAACAGCGCAUCCUUGGUCGGGUGUUUGAAGAUGCACUGGCGUAGCGGAAUGGAUUAAGACCGUGGAUUUCUUGAAACACGCGAGGUAGCUCAUUCAGUGGAGAUUGUGUUCCAAAUUUAAAGGAUAGAGAAGGUAAACAUGGAGGAGGAAGGGCAGCAAGAGAACGGUGUACAGAACUCAAAGGAUUCCGAUCGCCAGCUCCGUUUGAGGCUCUGCGUUUUAAAUGAGAUUUUGAACACCGAGAGGGAUUACGUGCGGACACUGCUUUUCCUUCAGUCGGCCUUUCUGCAAAGGAUUCGACAGACUGCUGAUGACCAGCAGUGCCUCUCCCCUGAAAACGUGAAGGUCCUAUUCUCCAACAUCGAGGUCAUCCUGGACGUCCACAAAGAGGUCCUGGCAGCCCUGGAGUCCAGCCUGCAACCAGAGCCGCAAGCACAGCACGCACUGGGCCACGUUUUCCUCCAGUUUAAAAGCAAAUUUUCUGUGUACGGGGAGUAUUGCAGUAACCAUGAAAAAGCACUCAGAUUGCUGAUGGAGCUCAACAAAAUCCCCAAUGUCAGGACCUUCCUCUUGCACUGCAUGCUGUUGGGAGGUAAGAAGAGCACGGACAUUCCCUUGGAAGGUUACCUGCUCUCACCCAUCCAAAGGAUCUGCAAAUACCCCCUCCUGCUCAAGGAGCUGCUGAAGAGGACUCCGAAGAAGCACGCGGACUACCCUGCAGUGGAGGAGGCCCUGCAGGCCAUGAAGGCGGUCUGCUCCAACAUCAACGAGACCAAGAGGCAGAUGGAGAAGCUGGAGGCCCUGGAGCAGCUCCAGUCGCACAUCGAGGGUUGGGAGGGCACCAAUCUCACUGACAUCUGCACAGAGUUGCUGUUGUAUGGCAAUUUACUCAAGAUCUCUGCCGGGAACAUUCAGGAGAGGGUCUUCUUUCUGUUCGACAACCUCUUGGUGUACUGCAAGCGGAAAUCUAGGGUGUCGGGUAAGAAGUCAACCAAGAGGACCAAGUCCAUCAACGGACCCAUGUACCUGUUCAGAGGCCGGAUCAACACAGAGGUGAUGGAGGUGGAGAACGUGGAGGAUGGAACAGCCGACUACCAUAGCAAUAACUACACUGUGACCAACGGUUGGAAAAUCCACAACACGGCCAAGAACAAGUGGUUUGUGUGCAUGGCGAAGAACGCAGAGGACAAACAAAAGUGGCUGGACGCCAUCCUGAAGGAGCGAGAGCAGAGAGAGAGUCUCAAGCUGGGAAUGGAGCGGGACGCGUACGUCAUGAUUGCCGAGAAAGGAGAGAAGCUGUACCACAUGAUGAUGAGCAAGAGCCGUCACCUGAUCAAAGACCGACGCCGGAAGCUCACCAUGGUGCCCAAGUGCUUCUUCGGAAACGAGUUCGUGUCCUGGCUGAUAGAGAGCGGAGAGAUCAGCAAGCCAGACGAGGGCGUGAACCUGGGCCAGGCCCUGCUGGAGAACGGCAUCAUCCAUCACGUGUCUGACAAGCACCAGUUCAAGAAUGAGCAGGUGCUGUACAGAUUCCGGUAUGAUGAUGGAACCUACAAAGCCAGGAGUGAAAUGGAGGACAUUAUGUCGAAGGGUGUGCGGUUGUACUGCCGUCUCCACAGUCUCUUCACGCCCGUGAUCAAGGAUAGAGACUACCAUCUGAAAACAUUCAAGUCUGUGGUUCCAGCAAGCAAACUGGUUGACUGGCUAAUAUCUCAGGGUGACAGCUCCACGCGUGAGGAUGCAGUGACACUGGGUGUCGGGCUGUGCAACAGCGGGUUCAUGCACCACGUGCUGGAGAAGAGCGAAUUCAAAGAUGAAUCGCAAUUCUUCCGCUUCUACGCCGACGAGGAGACGGAGGGCACCAGCUCCAAGAGCAAACAGCUGCGGAACGACUUCAAGCUCAUCGAGAACAUCGUGGCCAAGUCCCUGCUGAUCCACCCAGAGGAGGAGGACUACGGCUUCGAGAUCGAGGAAAAGAACAAGGCCAUCGUGGUGAAGUCAGUGCGCCGCGGCUCUCAUGCGGAGAUGGCAGGGCUGCAGACAGGCAGGAAGAUCUACACCAUCAACGAGGACCUUGUGUUCCUGCGGCCGUUCUCCGAAGUGGAGACCAUGAUCAACCAGUCCUUCUGCAUCCGCCGAUCCCUGCGGUUGCUGGUGGCCACAAAAGCCAAGGAGAUUGUGAAGAUCCCGGACUGUGGCAACUCGCUUUCCUUCAAAAUCUGCGGCUCCGCCCCUCCUUAUGUGCAUGCAGUGAGAAAAGGGUCAGAAGCCGCGUCUGCGGGCCUGCAGCCGGGACAGUGCGUGCUCAAAGUCAACGGCAACAACGUCAAUGCUGACAGCUACCUGGAGGUCCUGGACCACUUCUCAGGUCAUCGCACCAGCGAGGAGCAACAGGAACUGGGCCUCACCCAGUGGGUGUACAGGACAUUCGAGGAUGCGGAGGAGGAGAGGUCCCUGAUCAGUGACAGGUUCACUUCAGCAACAGGAUCAGAAACCGAGGAAGAUGAUGUCACGAACGGAACAGAUCCGGUGAAGGGUCUGGGGAAGAUGAGCAUCUCAGAUGAUGGCCCCCUGGUCAGCAUGACUGUUGACAAUGUGCACCUGGAGCAUGGUGUGGUCUAUGAGUACGUCAGCACCGCGGGCGUCAAGAGCCAUGUGCUGGAGAAGAUGGUGGAGCCCAAGGGCUGCUUCAGCCUCACAUCCAAGAUCUUGGAGGCGUUCGCCGGAGACGACAACCAGUUUGUUAAGAACUGCAGCCAGCUGAUGUCUCAGAGUGACCGCAUGGUGUCCAUGCCGCAGUACGAGUUCAGGAACAUCUGCGACACCAAGCUGGAAAGCAUCCGUAGGCGAAUCUGCAGCUACCAGCAGUUUGCACAGGAGCUGAGGAGCAAGGCCUGGCCCACGUUUAAACAAGCCACCACCAAGCCCCACCCUCUGGGCUGCAUGGACUUUGUCCCCACCAACUGUCACGUCAACUUGAUGCAGGUGUCCUACCCCAAGACCCCCACGUCCACCGGUCGCACCUUCAGCAUCCGCUUUGGCCGCAAGAACUCCUUCUUCGGCCUUGACCCAGAUCAAGCGAACCUGAACCCCAUGUCCCACACGCAGCACUGCGUCACCAGCAUGGCCGCCCCAUCCUUUAGCUGCCACAGCCUGGAGAACGGAGAGGAGGACGGCCUCGCCGAUGGCGAGGGGUCGCCGCUGGACCGAAGCCUGGACGGCAGGACGGCCCAGGAGGAAGGGGGCGGCCUGAGCUUUCUCCUCAAGCAGGAGGACAUGGAGGCCCAGGACGCCUACAUCCGGCUCUUCAACCGCAUGGACGUGGCCGUCAAGGAGAUGCGGCAAUACGUGGCGCAGAUAGACGUUCUUUUGUCCUCCAUAACGGAGCCCACCCAGCCCGAGGGCUGUGAGCCUCCUAUCUCUGAGGAGACUCCGCCCACCUCGCUCGUGUCUGAGGAGGGGGACCUGGACAAGACGGAGUCCGGCGGGAUCAAGAGGGUGUGCUUCAAAGUGUCUGAGGACGACCAGGAGGAUUCGGGCCAUGACACCAUGAGCUACAGAGACUCCUAUAGCGAAUGCAACAGCAACCGGGACUCGGUCCUGUCCUACACCAGCGUGCGUAGCAACAGCUCUUACCUGGGGAGCGACGAGAUGGGUUCAGGCGACGAGCUGCCGUGUGACAUGAGAAUCCCGUCGGACAAACAGGACAAACUGCAUGGCUGUCUGGAGCACCUUUUUAAUCAGGUUGAUUCCAUUAACAGUCUCCUCAAAGGCCCUGUCAUGACCAAGGCCAGCGAGGAAACCAAGCAUUUUCCCAUGGAUUGCAGUCAGCCAGAAAUCCGCCACACAGAUGACUGGACUGCCCGCUGCCGCCACAUGAUCCACAAGAACAUCCAGGAGGACCCUUGGAACCUCCCCAGCUCCAUCAAAUCCCUGGUGGAGAACCUGCAGAAAUUCGUAGAAGAUGGCAAAAAUCAGCUUCUCCUUGCCCUGCUGAAGUGUACAGACACGGACCUGCAGCUGCGCCGGGACGUCAUCUUUUGCCAGAGCGUGGUGGGGGCACUCUGCACCCUGUCCGAGCAGCUGCUGGCCGCCCUCAACUUGCGCUACAACAACAACGGCGAGUACGAGGAGGACAGCAAGGAGGUCAGCAGGAAGUGGCUGGAGCAGAUCGCCGCCAUCGGCGUGCUAUUCAACUUCCAGUCCAUGCUGUCGCCUCACGUGAAGGAAGAGAGAACGAUGCUUGAGGACACAAAAGCAGCACUGCAAGACUUGGACAAAGUGACCGUUUACUUCCGCCAGCUGGAGGAUGAAUGUCUGGUCGCAAACACGUCGGUGUGCUACCAAGUAGAGGGAAGCCGACAGGCGCUGAGGGUCACCCUGCUGUUGGACAGCUGCCACUUCUGCGAGCUGCCCACCAGGCUCCAGAACGGGGGAAGCCUCAAGCUUCACACGGUGCUAUUCACCAGGGCGCUGGAGAGGCCAGAGGGUGUGUCCCCUCAGGUGAGCGUUUCUAUGGAGGAGUUUCAGCAGCGCACAAACGCAGUCUCCCUGGAGAAGGUCAAGGCCUACUACCGCAGGCUGAGGGCUUUUUAUCUAGAGAAAUCCAAUUUACCUUCAGACUCUAACACCACAGCUGUAAAGAUAGACCAGCUUCUGCGACCUCUCAACGCUCUGGACGACCUCUGCCGGCUCAUGCAGUCGUACGUCAACGUUAAGCCCAGCGCAUCCAGCGGGGGGAGCAGUCACCCCUCGGGGGUCAGCGUGCUGCCCAUAUCCUCAGAGCUCUGCAACCGACUGGGCGCCUGCCACAUCACCAUGUGUGCCACCGGCAUGCAGAGGUGCACUCUGAGUGUGUCCCUGGAGCAGGCCGUGGUCCUGGCUCGGAACCAUGGACUUCUGCCCAGAUGUCUCAUGCAGACCAUGGAUAUCAUGCGCAAACAGGGUACCAGGGUUGAAAUCUCAGCCAAGAACCUAAAAGUGAUGGACCAGAUGCCUCCUUCUGCACCAAGGCUCUUCAAGCUGUGUUUGCCACCCUCUGAUGGGGACCUAUAAGGACAGAGUUUUUAGCGAUGCAGUAUUUUUAGUUUUCUUUCAUUGUUCACAAGUGACUCGGAUUCAGAAGACAUGUGUCUCCUGUAGAGAGCUCAUCCACAAAUCUGCCUGUGAGAAACAUCGGGACAUCAGUCAUUUCAGAUUGCCUCUCUUAUCAAUGCCCAGGGACACAUCCAGAGAAUCGGGAAAGUUUGUUCUAGGUAAAGCAAUCUGUCCAGACAACACCAGUUCAAAGAUUGGCCUUGGACUUUGUGGUUCCUCCUGGAGCGUGGAACACAUAAGGCCAAUCGGCAGGAUCAGAGAAGGAGCUGGACCUUCCUCAUGAUGGGAUCUUUCGGAGAUUUCAGGCUCUUCGGGCCUCGGUUCUGGUGGAGCACGCCUAGUCAGUGUGACUGCUGCAGGAUUACAGUUAGAUAUACAGGUUACUGUUACUGUUAACUGCAGGAUUCCUGUUCCAACUGUAAACUACCUGACACGGAUCAUUGUUAUCCCCUUGCCUCAGACUGCAGUUUCAGCAUGCUGUCAUACUCAAGCUGUAUUAUUUAUCUGUUGCUGGGUGCAUGCGAGGCCCUCGUGGUUCUUGAGGCCAUCUCAGCGCAGCAUGUUUGGAGUUGGGCCCCACUUACAGCAGACCUUGGGUUAUGGAUGAGGUCGAAAGGUGAACGUGCUAUUGCUGCCGAUCGAGUGCAAGAGAGAGCAAGUCAGUGCAGAUACCUUAACAUGUUAUUUAUUGUCUGUCUUGAAAUAUCAAAGGGGAAUUUUAUUCCUUGGUAAUAUCAGGUAUUUAAAUUGAGCAGAAAAAGUAAAAGCAUUCCAGACUAAAUAGCAUACAGUAUUUAAAGGACCAGCAGCAUAUUGCCUUUAAAUUUUAGCGUUUUAUCUUGUUGCUCUUUUAUUAACCAGUGUUAUGAUGCAAGGAGAGCGUCAGGAGAGCGUUGCCUAAAUAUUCUGUAAGUCUAAUCAUUUGUUGAUUUUGCGAGUGUACGUAUGUGGUAAAUAGUCUCAGAGAAGCCUGUCAGAGCGUCACGGCAUUGUAAGAUGUUCGUCUCUUUUGCAUAGCAUGUUGUUGUUUUGAGGUAAUAUAGUACAGUUUUAUUUAUCUUCGCAUGUCAUGCCGGGAAAAUCGCUAAAUAUGCCUAUCAAGGAAGACUCAAAUCCAUCUUCAUUGUUGACAGAAUAUACUGUUAAUAAUAGAUGCAGGAAAGAAUAUGACGACAAAGGGAUGACUGAAGUACAAAUUAUCGUAAGCAUUAUAUUUUAAUUUUGCUCUUAUUUUCUUGUACAUAUUUAUAACAAUAUUUUAUUGUCACAGGGACCAACAUAUAGUAUAUAUGCCGAUUGAAGGAGAUCAAUGUUAUAAUUUAAGAAAACUUUAAGAAGAUGCAAUAUAAUGUGUAAAACAUUUAAUACAUUUGUAAAAAUGCUGUACAUUUCAACAGUUUGAUCGGAAAAGUUGACGUUUCCGGUUAACACGGGUGUGAUUGUCAAUGGCGAUUUGGUCAUGACAUUUUGAAAUGUUCGCCUCUGAUUUACGGAGGGAGCACGACAAGCUCGAAAGAUGUACUGUACUGGACACUGCCUCACCAAAAGGGCUUUUCUCCUUUUGACUUAUUUACAAAUUCUCUUUUUUCAUCAGUAUUGAUUAGACAGGGUGGAAAUUCUCCCUUUACAUCUUCACCUCCGGGGCAACGCCAUCUUCAUCAAUAACCAGUCACUGUGCUUGUGACUUAAGCGGUCACAAGCGACGCAUGAAAGCAGCCAAUCAAAGCUGUUGUGACACCGGCCUCUUACAGUAAGCUAGUUUAAACCAUUAGCUACCUGGUUCAGGCAAGGUGUAACUCUGAUGGAAUUACCCGCUAAAUUGUGGUUAACCAAUUGUCUGUCCUCUUCAAAGCAAAUCCUGACAUUCAAUGUGAAGAGGGACAUUAGUCAGUUGAACUCUGACGAAAUUUUCCAUUUUGGCGAAUUUUUCCUACAGUGAAUUGCGAAGUCUUACCAGGUCACGUAUUAAUUUCAUUAGCAGUGCUCCUUAGUAAAGUCAUUCACACAGUAAUGCUGGAUAGUUUUUCCCAGUGUGCUGGGAUAAUGCUCAUAAUCACAAAACAGGAUUUCUUGUUUACAAAACCUAGAUAAGGUAUUUUUACAUCUAGCGUAAAGGAGAUAACGGGGGUAGGAGGAGUUGAGCUGGAUGAUUAAUUGUAUUUGAGUAAUUUUUGUUUAGCAUCAGUGUUAGUGGUAACUUUCUGUGAUUUAAAAUACAUUGCACUUUCAAAACUGUAUUCACUUGCUUUUAACACAUUGGAGGUAAAGCCACGUAUAUUGUCCAUAAAGUGCUCAUUCAGCAGGAGAUAAUGUGCGAAAAUUGAUCCAAUGAGAGUAUUAAAAAAUACGAAGUAAAAAAAUACACCAUUGAAUAAAUUCUUAAAUUCUCAUGUGUCUCACUCAGGUGAUGCAGGUGUAAGGGAAUGGUGCAUUUUAACCCUGUAUUUUUACAUAUAAACUUUUUUUUUUUUUUAACCUCAGAUAUGCACGCAAGACAUUGUUUGCCUAUGGGAACGUACAGUAAUAGAAAUCCAUUUAGUUUCAUUAACUGGGAGAAAUCUGUUUAUUUCUGUGUUAGCUGAUUUCUUUCAGCUAAUAUGUCCAACAUUAAGUGAUAUGCUUUUUAAAAUCCAUGCUUUAGGUAUUUAUCCAUAUUUUCUCACAAGGCAAAAGAAAAGUGCAGAUGCUGCUUUCAAACAAACAGAGCCUUACAUUCCUGGAGCGAAGCCGUAGUUAGUCAUCAGUUUGCCAUCUCUUAAAAUAAUGUAAAAGGUCACCUGCAGUUCUAUGGGAAAAUAAAAAGCCCAGGGGAAAUGCCUGGCUGGAUGUGCCAAAUAAAUCUUGUAUGUGCAUUCACACAUUGUGUGCUUGGUAUUUCCAACCAAUCACUUUCCAUGGGGUUCAUCUUCAAGUACUUGAGUUUUUCCUUAGCAUUUCAAAUUUAUUUCAGGCUUCAGUUUGGUGUGGAAGAAGACUAUUAAAAAUUAAGCUGCUGAUAUUUUUUUUCAUGGAACAGCCCUUGGUGUCCUUUUGACAUUUGGGAGAGAGCAGGGUGGUACAUUUCAUGGGAUGCCAGUG